AUGUCCACUGAAGAAAAGACUGAGCCCGUAUCUGCUCCAAAACAUGCUAGUUUUCUACCUCAAGGUAAAUAUUUGAAACCAGAAGAAAUUGAGUAUGAAUUUGGUGGCACUGUUGGUGUUGUUGGUAUGCUUAUCGGAUUUCCUUUAUUAAUGUAUUACAUGUGGAUAUCUGCCGAAUUCUACAAUGGUUCCUUGGCAUGGCCAAGUGAAAAUCAAACUUGGUAUGAUUUUGUUACUAACACCCUUUAUGGUAACUACUUUAUUAAUUACGCUAUCCCAACGAAAUAUGCAUGGACUAUCUUUUUAGCAUUUUGGGCCAUGCAAGUCAUCUUCUAUUACACUUUACCUGGUAUUUGGACAAAAGGUCAACCUCUAAUCCAUCUAAAUAACAAACAAUUACCUUAUUAUUGUAAUGCUAUGUGGACUCUUUACACAACUACCGUAAUUGUUUUAGUGUUACAUUUUACUGGCAUAUUCAAACUAUAUACAAUUGUGGAUCUUUUUGGUCAAAUCAUGACCUGUGCCAUCAUAUCCGGAUUCACAUUUUCUAUUGCCUUAUAUCUUUGGACUUUAUUCAUAUCUGGUGACUAUUAUAGAAUGACAGGUAACCAUCUUUAUGAUUUCUUCAUGGGUGCCCCAUUAAAUCCAAGAUGGGGGAUCCUAGACUUGAAGAUGUUCUUCGAAGUUAGAUUACCAUGGUUCACCUUAUUCUACAUCACUUUAGGUGCAUGUUUAAAACAAAUUGAAGUAUACGGUUACUUAACUCCACAAUUAGGUGUUGUCAUGCUAGCCCAUUGGUUAUAUGCUAAUGCAUGUGCUAAGGGUGAAGAAUUGAUUGUUCCAACUUGGGAUAUGGCUUAUGAAAAAUUCGGAUUUAUGUUAAUCUUCUGGAAUAUCGCUGGUGUCCCUUACACUUAUUGCCACUGCACUCUAUACCUAUACUAUCACAAUCCUGAAGAAUAUAACUGGUCUUUACCAUAUAACAUCAGUUUAUACGUUGUUUUAUUAAUUGCAUACUACUUCUUCGAUACUGCAAAUGCACAAAAAAAUUCAUUUAGAAAACAAAUGUCUGGUGAUAAAACUAUCAGAAAAACUUUCCCAUUUUUACCAUAUCAAGUCUUGAAGAAUCCAAAAUACUUCAAAACCGAAAAUGGUUCAUAUCUAUUGAUUGAUGGCUGGUACACCUGGGCUAGAAAAAUCCAUUACACUGCAGAUUGGACUCAAUCUUUGAUCUGGGCUUUAUCGUGUGGUUUCAAUUCUCCAUUCCCAUGGUUCUUCCCAGUCUUUUUCUUUGUUGUGUUAGUUCACAGAGCUAUGAGAGAUCAAGCCAAAUGUGCAAAGAAAUACGGUAAGGACUGGGAUAAGUACUUAAAAUAUUGCCCAUACUUAUUUAUCCCAUACGUUUUCUGA